AUGAUGCCAGGAUCCAAAGAGCCGGAUGAUGCUACCCCUGGACCUCUGCAGGCAGCAGCCCCCAGCACCUGCUUGCGCGGCAACCCGACGCGGACCCUCCCCGGCCAGGAGAGUGCGUGCUCCGAGGCGGAGCCCCUGAGGCCGGCAAUUUCGCCGCCAGGAGCGCGCCUUCUGCACGCGCCCAGCACAGGCUCCGCAGUGCCCCGGCAGAGCAGGGCCCAGGCCACGGACGCGCUGUCGGGAGGACAACCAGCGCCGGUGCCCACCGUCCGGCGCCUGACGCAAUCCGAGGAGCCCUUGCUGCAUGCGGGCGCUGGGGAAACCUCCCCCGCCAUUGCAUCACUCCUGCCAGGUUUGCUACAGAGCACCGCGGCAGCUGGCUCCGGGGGGCGGGGCCUCCCGGCCGGAGGGUUUAAAGGGCGCCUAGGCGGGGGCCGCUCAGCUGGAGCGACCGAGGGUGCCAGGCCAGGUGUGCGCGUCCGCCGGCCCUUCCGCGCCCGCGCCGGAGACCAGCCCCGGAGGCCGCCCGGGCCCGUCCCUGUGCCCGGCACCAUGAAGCAGGAGCCUCGGAACACGCCACCCGCCUCCCCGGCCGCCUCGCCCCCUGCAUCGCAGACCUCAGCGGACACCGCGCCGCGCCCCCAGGACCGCGGCGACCCCCAAGCGCUGUGGAUCUUCGGGUAUGGCUCCCUGGUGUGGAGGCCCGACUUCAGCUACAGUGACAGCCGCGUGGGCUUCGUGCGCGGCUACAGCCGCCGCUUCUGGCAGGGAGACACCUUCCACCGGGGCAGCGACAAGAUGCCUGGCCGUGUGGUGACUCUUCUUGAAGAUCAUGAGGGCUGCACUUGGGGUGUGGCUUACCAGGUGCGAGGUGAACAGGUGAGCGAGGCCCUGAAGUACCUGAAUGUGCGGGAGGCAGUGCUCGGCGGCUAUGACACCAAGGAGGUGACUUUCUACCCUCAAGAUACCCCUGAUCAACCACUGAAGGCAUUGGCCUACGUGGCCACGCCACAGAACCCUGGCUACCUGGGCCCUGCCCCCGAGGAGGCCAUUGCUACACAGAUCCUGGCCUGCCGAGGCUUCGCAGGCCACAACCUUGAGUACUUGCUGCGCCUGGCAGACUUCAUGCAGCUCUGUGGGCCCCAGGCCCAGGACGAGCACCUGGCAGCCAUCGUGGAUGCUGUGGGCACCAUGUUGCCCUGCUUUUGCCCCACCGAGCAGGCUCUGGCACUUGUCUGAGGGUCUGAGCCCCUGCCGGAGUGUCCAUGUGGAACAUUGGGGCCAGGUUCCCACUCUCGUGCACAUAGGCUUAAUACGGUUAGAGCCCACGGAGGACACUAUGGGUGGCCAGGAGCUUCUCUCCUUUAGCCCCGCCAUUCUGCCAGCCUCCAGCUCUUUUGCUGAAACUGACUUACUUACUUGAAACUUUAUUUAUUGCACCAUGUUGGUGUGGUGGGCAGGGUGGGGGGCCUGCCCUGGACGCAGGGGCCUGCUGAGCAGUGCCCCACCCUAGGUGCCUGGUGCUUGACCAGAUUCCCCCCUAGUGCUGCUACUAACCCCACACCACCCAGACCUCCACUUUCCCAGGGAACCUCCAAGAACCUUGAUUCUCCUGCCCGCCCCCACCCCCCAUUCCCUAGCCUCGUGAUACCACCUGCCAAAGGUCUCAGCCCAUUGGUAAAGGAUAGCAGGAGACCCUAUAAGAACUGAGGCCCCCACCAUCCCUGCUCAUGCCUUAGGUCCCUAGGGAAGAACUGGACCUGAAGCCCAGCCUGGGCCUCAUACCCAUUUGGCUUUGUUUCCCUACUCCUCUGUCUGUCCACUUGUCUGUUUAGGUCAUUCCUAUAUGUUGGUCCAUUCCUGGGAAGUUUAUCACUGUAGGCGCAGGCUCCUUCCCAGUGUGUCCCGUACCAUUAUCCAUAAAUUGAUCUUUUCUUAUGUGUGCUGUGCUGGAAUGUGGUUCUUUCUUCAGAUGGGGUUGGGGCGAGUGAGGUGGUGAAGCUGAUGAGGCCCUAGAGCCC